AUGGCUCGCCCCCCCAUCGUCGUCGACUCGUCUGACGAGUCGGACGAGAGCGGCCGUGAAAGCAACUCAAGCUCUGGGCCUGGCUCCCUUCUCAUUGAGCUGGAGGCAGAAGAAGUCGAGGGUAUUGCUUCAAACCCCACAGGCUACAAAGAUCUGGCACCUCUUGAAUCAUUCACGCUUUUCACCGAGCUCCCACCCGAGCUGCGGAGGCAGAUAUGGGAGAUAUUCUGCCCUACCCUGGCUCAGAAGGGCCGCGUGAUACCGGUGACCUUCCUUGUCGACCCUAUUGAAGACAGAGUGACCGUCGGGGAUUUUAUCAGCCUCAGUCAAGUGACGGAGCCCUGUAGGACCCUGGCGUCGGUGAACCGGGAAUCAAGGGAGAUUGUACUCGAGAAAUUCCCCGACACCUUGCCCCUGCAUAUGGGUACUGGAGAUGCCGUGGUCCGAUUCAACGCGGCCAGUGAUAUAGUCGUCGUCCACAACAAAGGAUGGCUGUACCAGCUACCCCCGCACAUCUCAGAGGAUUAUUUCCCGGUCUUGAGUGUCAUACAGAACCUCGCCAUCACGUACAGCCAGCUCCUUGCUGAGGACUGGGACCGCCUCGACCAGAGAUUUGGCGAGAUCGUGGCUUCUUUCGUCCAUGCUCCCCACUCUUCCGUCCAGAACGUAUUCAUCUCACUGCCCGGGGAAACAGAAUCCAUCAACAGGCGCUGGGCCGUGUCACCGCUUGCCUGUCAGCACCGCGUGCGCACCGUUGAGAUAGAACCCGGCUUGGGCGAAGACUAUGACUGGAUAUACUGCUGGCCAGACCUGCAGAAUCACCCUACAUUCAGCUGGCAUCACGUCUCUACGUAUGGUGCGGCGAUCUUUGAGAGGCUGCUGCAAGACCACGACAAUGGCGUGGGCGUCGAAGAGGCGGAUGCCAUGUCGGCGCCUUCGGAUGAUGAAACGGAUACGCUCCCUGACGAGUACGAGAGCGAGGGCAUCGACGACGACGAGAUUAUCGAGCACGAGUCCUCGUCAGAAGACGAGUUGGUUCCUCGCCCUAUCAGUGCCGAUGAAUCGUCCGAUGACGAAGGUCUCGCCGGACAAGGCGACAGCGAGACCGUCGGUCAUUUUUCCAGUCCAGAGCCAGAGUCAGAGUCAGAGCCAGACCGUGGCGCUUCCAGCGUCGGUGACCAAGGACGACAAUUCAAACGGAAGCGACGACGUGUACUGGAUGACUCCGACGAUGACGUGUCCGAUGGUGAAGCGUCCCGCCCGGCCAAAGCUGCCAAGACCCAUAAGACCAUCACCAUUUCGGAUGGCGAGGACAACGCGGAAGAUGAAGAUGAAGACGAAGACGAUGUGCGGUCAAGAAAAUACGGUAGAUCAAGGAGACGACGACAAGACAACAUCUCAUCCGACGACAACGACGACGACGAAGACGAGAAAGAUGACGAACCAAUAAAGCCAGGUCGAUCAAGACAGCAGCCCCAGGUGGUCUCUUCAAGUGACAGCGAGGGUAAGGAGGAAGACGCUCCAUCCUCAUCAGAAGGAUCUUCAGAAGAGGAGGAAGAGGAGGAAGAAGCACCCGUCAGAAUGACGCUCGCACAAAGACUCGGUCGCUUCCGAGACGAGAACCCCAUCCCGUCAGACAGCAAUGACUCGGACCGGACUAGCGAUCAAGACUCAGAAGAUGCCUCGCAAGAUGAUGGAGACUCAGAAGAAGAGGAUGACGACGACGAAGGCGAUGUCGACCGCAGCCACCGCAGAGGAGGAUUCUUCGACGAUGAGGCCGACGACACGGACGAUGACCAAAGCGACGGAGGAGAUGAUACGAUGGACAGCUUUAUUGUUGACUAG